CCCGCCGCCAUCUUUGUUGGGGGCAGCGGAGCCUAGUCGCAGGGAUGCCUAAAUCAUGCGCGGCUCGCCAGUGCUGCAACCGUUACGGUAACCGGAGGAAACAGCUCACCUUCCACCGAUUCCCGUUCAGUCGCCCGGAGCUGCUGAAGGAAUGGGUGCUGAACAUCGGCCGGGCCGACUUCAAGCCCAAGAAGCACACGGUCAUCUGCUCCGAGCACUUCCGGCCCGAGUGCUUCAGUGCCUUCGGGAACCGCAAGAACCUCAAGCACAACGCUGUGCCCACCGUGUUUGCCUUCCAGGACCCCUCACAGGCCAACGCAUCAGCUCCCUGUCCUGCCCGUGUCCCACAGCUGGUGAGGGAAGACACGGACCUGGCGGGCACGGGAGAUGCCGCCCAGCAGAGGGAGGUCCCCGAGGCCGAGGCUGGGGAGCCGGGCACUGGGAGAAGCACGGACACAGUGAUGGAGGAGCGGCAGCUGGUCCCGCACGCUGGGGGCCCCCUGGAGCCGGUGUGGCCCCAGAAAGUGGAGGUGGCAGAGGGUCCCAGCCAGGUGGCUGGUCCCUUGGGCCCGAGGGGGCCUCUGCCCAGGCAGCCGUCCGACCACAGCUACGCCCUCCUGGACUUGGGCGCCCUCAAGAAAAAGCUCUUCCUCACCUUGAAGGAGAAUGAAAAGCUGCGGAAGCGCUUGAAGGCCCAGAGGCUGCUGCUGCACAGGCUGUCCAGCCGCCUGCGUGCCCACAGGGAGGGGCUGCCGGGCCCCCAGACCGCAGCUCAGCCGGAGCUCCACGACUGAGACCUUGGUGGGCUGCUUGUCGGGCCUGCGCAUCAGCCACCGUGAUGUGGGAGAGCAGGUCCAGGUGGCAGGUGCUGAGGGGACCACUGCCUUAGGAGCCCACCUGGGCCCCACGUUGGAUUCUCCCCAGAGAGUAUGGGCCGAGCAGCACACGGCACCCUGGCUGCCUCGCUGGGCUGAGUCCACAGCUAGUCAGCAGGUCUCCUCCCCAGCUGGCCUGGUUGAAGAUGAAUUUAUUUACAAAAGUUACAGAAUGAUUCUUCUUUGGAAGGCAGCUCGGGAGCUCCCAUCUGGGUCUCCACGUGCUGCUGCUGCUG